AUGGCUCCCGUUGCUGUGCCCGCUCAACCCGAGGCAUCCCAUGCUUCCAAAAGCACAGCCCAGACCACCGCGAGCGACGAGCAGCAGUCGCUGUCAUCCUUCUCGGACUACCACCUCGACUACCGCCUUUGGAACCCCUCCGAUCCUACAAGUGCCUCCUCGCAGCAAUUUGUCUCCGCCCUCCGCACCGCGAUGGUCGGAAUCGGCUUCUUCUACCUCCACGGCACGCCGCUGGACGUCAAGCGCGCCGAGAUGUUUGAUCUGGUUGAGCGCUUCUUCGCGCUACCGGUUGAGGAGCGCAUGAAGAUCGAUAUGGACAACAGUCGACACUUUCGCGGAUACUGCAAGUUCGGCGACGAACGCACACAGGCCAAGCAGGAUCUUCGCGACCAAGUAGAUUAUGCGCCCGAGGUGCAGCCGAUUCAGGACGCGGCGUUGGUGGAAAAGUGGCCGUUCUUGAACUUGUACGGCCCGAAUCAGUUUGUCCCAGACGAGGUAUGCAGAGACCACAGGAGGAUCGUGCUGGACUGGUUCGAGACAGCCAACGAAGUGUCCAACCAGCUCACGAGGGCGAUCGAGUUGGCGCUGGGAGUCGCGGAAGGCGAGCUGGCACAGUUCCUUACAGGGAAUGUGGGGAAAGAGGCGGUGGAUGCGGAGUUGGGCAAGUUGGGUGCAUUGCCGUAUGCUCGCAUGAAGACGAUCCGAUACCCCACGGGCGACACGGUGGAUGGCAUCGAGCGUUCCGAUCCAGCUAGCACGCAAGGCGUAGGAGCACACAAGGACAGCGGCUGGCUCACCAUCCUGGCCCCUUCUGCCGAAGUUGGCGGAUUGGAAGCGCAGGACUUUGACGGAUCCUGGCUCUCCGUACCUCACGUCGAGGGCUCGAUCAUCGUCAACUUUGGUCAGCAGGUCGAGUUCCUGACCAACAGUAUCGUGCAAGCUGCAACGCACCGCGUCGUCUCGAACCCCGCCGGCUCCAAAGACCGCUAUUCCGUCGCAUUCUUCAGCUCGCCUGCUCUCAAUGUCUACUUGGAAGCGCUAGAGUCGGAUCGCUUCAGCCCGGAGCUCGUUAGCGCCUGGAAGGCUGCACAGUCGAAACGAAACGACGGCGAAAUUGUCAGCGAUGUUCCGAAGGGAGACCUCUUCGCACGGGCCGACGAGCCGUUUGGCUGGAUCAACUGGAGGGGACUCGUCAGAAGCCAUCCUGGCGUCGUUCGUGCUUUCUACCGUCACAUUGUCCAGGACUAG